GCUAGCUGUCGCUGCGGCUGGUCCAAAAAGCCCUGCUGCUCAUCGAGCAGCGGUGUUCACACAGCGAAGGCUUAUCUAAACAAAGGCUCUUACAUUGGCAGAGCUCGGGCAAACCAGAACGCCACCCCUAGACGCGCCGUCGACGCAUACACAGCCCACAUCAACCACAGCGCUCUGACGCAAAACGAUGCGACGCCACCUCGCGACAGCGCUCCUCGCGACCGCCGCCAGCGCGCUCGUGCCCCCGGCCGCACCGCGACGAUCAAAAGCGCUGCGCACGCGCGACGCGGGCGUCGCCCACAAAAUUCCAAUUAUAGAGGGCGAGGCCGUGGACCCGGCCUCGGACCCGAGCCGGCCGCGCUGGCUCUACGCACCGUCCAAAGUACCGAACGCGAGCCACUGGGACGUCGUCCUCGACGCGCGGUCGCCGUCCGAAUUUGAAGAAGACCGCAUUUUGGGCGCGCUCUCGACGCCCGUCCUGGACGACGAUGAACGCGCCGAGGUCGGCACGCUCUACGCUUCCAAUAGUUUUCAAGCGCGAGUGCGCGGGGCUUCUUUGGUCGCCAACCGCCUCGCCCACAUCUUACAAGAUGACCGCAUCGCCACGCUCCCGCGCGACGCGCGCAUUCUGGUGUACUGCUGGCGCGGCGGCGACAGAUCGGGAUCCUUGGCCCAUGCGCUGUCGCGAAUAGGCUGGCACGUGGCAUUGUUACAGGGAGGUUAUAAAGCUUACCGGAAGCUGGUGCGGGAGGCGUUGUAUGAGGAUAGUGAAGGUGCAUUAUUGAGGAACUGCGUGGCUAUUGGAGGGGCCACGGGCUCGGGCAAAGGCCUUAUUUUAGAUGCUCUAUCAGCGCGGGGCGCGCAAGUGAUCGAUCUGGAAGGUUUAGCGUCGCAUCGGGGUUCUAUCUUAGGGGCGGAACCUGGUGUAAAACAGCCCACCCAGAAGCACUUCGAAUCGAGGCUCUACAACGCUCUGAAAGCGCUCGACCCGUCGCGGCCGACCUUUGUUGAAUUAGAAUCAGCCAAGAUCGGGCGCUUGGAUGUUCCUAGACCUAUUUUUCGAAGGUUAAUUGAAGCGCCCGUCGUGGAAGUGCAGGUGCCGGUCGAGAGUAGGGUAAAGUGGAUCCGCGAGGGCUAUUCGCACUUCGAGGAUGGUGGCGAAGGCACGGCACAGCUCCGACGGUUGCUCGACUUCUGCGCGCCUACUGCUGGCAAGAAGACCGUAGCGAGGUGGAAUUCGUUAAUUGACCAAGAGGACUGGGAUGCUUUUGUUACAGAUAUGCUCGAGAGCCACUACGACGUCGGGUAUCAACGUUCUCGCGCUAGAGACCGUAGGAAUGCCGGUGUGAGUCAAGAGGAGCCCUUCUACGUCGACAUGGCCUCGACGCGUGACGACGACGUGUCCACAUGUGCAGCGCAGAUCUUGGAGCGCUUUUCCCGUCCGAAGUUGCGGGUGGCCGUCCACAAGCCAAGUAGACAGCCGCUGACGGUCAUGCACGCUUCAUUACGAGAAGGAGAGACUGGUGAAGUCUCUGCAGAGGAACUUACGAACGACCAAAUUGUGAAAUUCGUGAGAGAGGAGGUCACGGAUCAGGAGGUCAACGAAUUGGUUUGGCGCUGUUUGGGGUACAAACGGACGAGCGACGGCUGGAAUGCCGAUCAUGUUUUUCCGAAGUGGGCCGCGAAGUACCCGCAGCCGCCCGAUUUGAUAGGUGUCACGCGGACCUACUCGAAGGACGUCGACGAAGUCGUGCUCAGGGCCAACCAGGCCCUCGUCGCGUCGAUCCCCAUGAAGUACAAGGGGGGCAUCAAGGAGCACCUCCGGAAAGUGGGCUGGACCGGGUAUCUGCUGGAAGGCCUCACGCCGAACAAAACUCGUCGUGCACAAUGCGCGAAUUGGGUGUUGUACUACCGGGAGGCGCUGUUCGGGAAGAGCCUGGAGGAAUUGAAGGCGGCUCGAUCAAGGGAUAUUGAGGCGGAGAACGAGAAGCUGCGGAGAGCGGGGAAGAUGCUGCGUUCAGCGAAGGGGGAAGCUUCGGGUAAGGAUGGGUAGCUUU